CGGACGGACGGACGGACGGACGUCGCCCGAUGGCCGCUCCUGGCGAGCCCUGCGCGGGCCCGGGGGUCUGGAAUCAGACGGAGCCCGAGCCCACCGCUGCCCACCUACUGAACCUGUGCUUCCUGAAAACGACAGGGGUCUGGGUGCCCCCCCUGUACCUCUGGGUCCUUGGCCCCAUCUACCUCCUCUACAUCCACCGCCAUGGCAAGGGCUACCUCCGGAUGUCCCCGCUCUUCAAGGCCAAAAUGGUGCUCGGGUUCGCCCUCAUAAUCCUCUGCACCUCCAGUGUGUCUGUCGCUCUCUGGAGAAUCCAGCGGGGAACGCCCCAGGCCCCGGAAUUCCUCAUUCACCCCACCGUGUGGCUCACCACGAUGAGCCUCGCCGUGUUCCUGAUCCACACGGAGAGGAAGAAGGGGGUCCAGGCAUCUGGGGUGCUGUUUGGGUACUGGCUGCUCUGUCUUCUCUUGCCAGCUACCAGUGCCACCCAGCAGGCCUCGCAGCGGGACUUCCAGAGUGACCCCUUCCGCCACCUGUCAACCUACCUGUGCUUGUCUCUGGUGGUGGCACAGUUCAUGCUGUCCUGCCUGGCUGAUCAACCCCCCUUCUUCCCUAAAGACCCCCAGCAGUCUAAUCCAUGUCCAGAGGCUGGGGCCCCCUUCCCCUCCAAGGCCACGUUCUGGUGGGUUUCUGGGCUGGUCUGGAGGGGCUACAAGCAGCCGCUGGGAUUAAAAGACCUCUGGUCGCUUGGGAGAGAAAACUCCUCAGAAGAACUCGUUUCCCAGCUUGAAAGAGCAUGGACGAGGAACCGCGGCGCGGCCCGGCGGCACACCAAGGCGACGGCAUUGGAAAGGAAAGGCAGCCAUGGCCUGGAGGCCCCUGAGACCGAGCCCCUCCUGCAGCGAGGGGGGAGCCAGAGGGGCCCGCUGCUGAGGGCCAUCUGGCAGGUGUUCCGUUCCACCUUCCUCCUGGGGACCCUCAGCCUCCUCAUCAGUGACGUCUUCAGGUUCGCUGUUCCCAAGCUCCUCAGCCUUUUUCUGGAAUUUAUUGGCGACCCUGAGGCCCCAACCUGGAGGGGCUGUCUCCUCGCCGUGCUGAUGUUCCUCUCCGCCUGCCUGCAAACGCUGUUUGAGCAGCAGUACAUGUACAGACUCAAGCUACUGCAGAUGAGGCUGCGAACGGCCAUCACUGGCCUGGUGUACAGAAAGGUCCUGGCUCUGUCCAGCGGCUCCAGAAAGGCCAGUGCGGCGGGGGACGUGGUCAACCUGGUGUCCGUGGACGUGCAGCGGCUAACCGAGAGUGUCACCUACCUCAACGGGCUGUGGCUGCCGCUCGUCUGGAUCGUGGUCUGCUUUGUCUACCUCUGGCAGCUUCUAGGACCCUCUGCCCUCACCAGCGUUGCUGUCUUCCUGAGCCUCCUCCCUCUGAACUUCUUCAUCACCAAGAAGAGGAACCACCAUCAGGAAGAGCAAAUGAGGCAGAAGGACUCUCGGGCGCGGCUCACCAGCUACCUCCUCAGGAACGUGAAGAUGGUCAAGGCUCACGGCUGGGAGGGGGCCUUUCUGGAGAGAGUCCUGCGCAUCAGGGGCCGGGAGCUAGGCGCCUUGAGGACCUCCAGCCUCCUCUUCUCCGUGUCUCUGGUGUCCUUCCAAGUCUCCACGUUUCUGGUAGCGCUGGUUGUGUUUGCUGUCCAUGCUCUGGUGGCCGAGGAGAAUGCCAUGGACGCCGAGAAAGCCUUUGUGACCCUCACGGUCCUCACCAUCCUCAACAAGGCCCAGGCUUUCCUGCCCUUUUCCAUCCACUCCGUGAUCCAGGCGAAGGUGUCUUUUGACCGUCUGGCCGCCUUCCUCUGCCUGGAAGAAGUUGACCCUGGGGCCGUGCACUCAAGUCCCUCCAGAUGCUCUGCCGGAGAGGACUGCGUCCGCGUGCGCGAUGGCACCUUCGCGUGGUCCCGGGAAGGCCCUCCCUGCCUGCACAGGAUAAACCUCACCGUGCCCCAGGGCUGUCUGCUGGCUGUCGUUGGUCCAGUGGGGGCAGGGAAGUCCUCCCUGCUGUCCGCCCUCCUUGGGGAGCUGUCAAAGGUGGAGGGGUCCGUGAGCAUCAAGGGUCCCGUGGCUUACGUGCCCCAGGAGGCCUGGGUCCAGCCCACGUCCGUGGUGGAGAACGUGUGCUUCAGGCAGGGGCUGGACCCGCCGUGGCUGGAGAGAGUCCUGGAGGCCUGCGCCCUGUGGCCAGACGUGGGCAGCUUCCCUGCGGGGCUCCACACCCGAAUUGGGGAGCAGGGCAUGAAACUCUCUGGGGGCCAGAAGCAGCGGCUGAGCCUGGCCCGGGCCGUGUACAGGAAGGCUGCUGUGUACCUGCUGGAUGACCCCCUGGCGGCCCUGGAUGCCCACGUCGGCCAGCACGUCUUCAACCGGGUCAUCGGGCCCGGUGGGCUGCUCCGUGGGACGACGCGGAUUCUCGUGACCCACGCGCUCCAUGUCCUGCCCCAGGCUGACCGGAUCGUGGUGCUGGAAGAUGGGGCCGUUGCAGAGAUGGGUUCCUACCAGGAGCUUCUGCACAGGAAGGGGGCCCUGGUGGGCCUUCUGGAUCGAGCCAGACACCCAGGAGCCAGAGGAGAAGGAGAAACAGAACCCACGACCAGCGCCAAGGAUCCCAGAGGCUCUGCUGGAGGCGGGGGGCCUGGGGGUGGACCAGAGAGGUCCAUGAAGUUAGUCCCUGAGAAGGACAUCACCACCUCAGAGGCCCAGACGGGAGUUCCCCUAGAUGACACUGAGGGGGCAGGGCGGCCAACAGGAGAGGCCAGCGUGCAGUACGGCAGGGUGAAGGCGGCCAUGUACCUGACCUACCUACGAGCUGUGGGCACCCCGCUCUGCCUCUACGCGCUUUUCCUCUUCCUCUGCCAGCAAGCGGCCUCCUUCUGCCGCGGCUACUGGCUGAGCCUGUGGGCGGACGACCCCACCGUGGACGGGCAGCAGGCACAGACGGCCCUGCGGGGCUGGGUCUUCGGGCUCCUGGGCUGUCUCCAAGCCAUUGGGCUGUUUGCUGCCAUGGCCACAGUGCUCCUGGGAGGCGUCCGCGCCUCCAGCCUGCUCUUCCGGAGGCUCCUGUGGGACGUGGCGCGGUCUCCCGUUGGCUUCUUUGAGCAGACGCCCGUUGGGAACCUGCUGACCCGCUUCUCCAAGGAGACAGACACAGUGGACGUGGACAUCCCAGACAAACUCCGGUCCUUGCUGGUUUAUGCCUUUGGACUCCUGGAGGUCUGCCUGGUGGUGACAGUGGCCACCCCGCCGGCCCUCAUCAUCAUCCUGCCGCUGCUGCUCCUCUACACUGGGUUUCAGAGCCUGUACGUGGCCACCUCGUGCCAGCUCAGACGCCUGGAGACAACCAGGCACUCGUUCGUGUGUUCCCACGUGGCCGAGACGUUCCAGGGCAGCGCAGUGAUCAGGGCCUUCCAGGCCCAGGGCCCCUUGGUGGCUCAGAACAACACACACGUGGAUGAGAGCCAGAGGGUCAGUUUCCCGCAGCUGGUGGCUGACAGGUGGCUCGCUGCCAACAUGGAGCUCCUGGGCAACGGGCUGGUGUUCACAGCCGCCAUGUGCGCUGCGCUGAGCAAGGCCCAUCUCAGCGCCGGCCUCGUGGGCUUCUCUGUCUCCACAGCCCUCCAGGUGACCCAGACACUGCAAUGGGCUGUUCGAAGCUGGACAGACCUGGAGAAUAGCAUCGUGUCAGUAGAGCGGAUGAAGGACUACGUUUGGACGCCCAAGGAGGCCCCCUGGAGGCUGCCCACCAGCCCAGCACGGCCACCCUGGCCUCGUGCGGGACAGAUCGAGUUCCGGGACUUUGGCCUGAGAUACCGACCUGAGCUCCCGCUGGCCGUGCGGGGUGUGUCCUUCAAGAUCCACGCGGGCGAGAAGGUGGGCAUCGUUGGCAGGACAGGGGCCGGAAAGUCCUCCCUGGCCAGUGGCCUGCUGCGGCUCGUGGAGGCCGCUGAGGGCGGGGUCUGGAUCGACGGGGUCCCCAUCACCUGUGUGGGGCUGCACAGGCUGCGGUCCAAGAUCACCGUCAUCCCCCAGGACCCCAUCCUGUUCCCGGGCUCUCUGCGGAUGAACCUCGACAUGCUGCACGAGCACACGGACGAAGCCCUCUGGGCGACCCUGGAGACGGUGCAGCUCCGAGCCUUGGUGACCAGCCUGCCCGGCCAGCUGCAGUACGAGUGCGCCGACCAAGGCGACAACCUGAGCACGGGCCAGAAGCAGCUCCUGUGUCUGGCACGUGCCCUUCUCCGGAAAACCCAGAUCCUCAUUCUGGACGAGGCCACUGCUGCCGUGGACCCGGGGACAGAGCUACAGGUGCAGGCCGCCCUGGGGAGCUGGUUUGCCCAGUGCACAGUGCUGGUCAUCGCCCACCGCCUGCGCUCCGUGAUGGCCUGUGCCAGGGUGUUGGUCAUGGACAACGGGCAGGUGGCAGAGAGCGGCAGCCCGGCCCAGCUGCUGGCCCAGAAGGGCCUGUUUUACAGGCUGGCGCAGGAGUCGGGCCUGGUCUGAGCCGGGCCCCUCAACCCUCCCCCUGCUGCGCCAACCCAGAGAGACUGCCCCGGAGAUGCGAGUGACCCGGGGGUCAUCGGUGACCCCACAGUGAGUCUAGACCCCUCUCGGCUCUCUGGGAGGAAAAUGGCAGAGCAAGUGGGUGAUCAU